UCGUCCAGUUCUUUUGGUCAUGAGUUUGCCUUGGGCAUUGACCUUGGAAUUGAGUUUGGCUUGGCCGUCUUUUAAAUCUCCCACUUCCGCGGCUAGACCGGAAAUGGCGCUACUUGUCAUUAAAUCCUUUAAAUGGUCAAGAGCAACCUCGACCGGAGCCAAAGCAACACUUAAAGUAGUAGCUGCUCAACUAGUAAAAACGCCACCACUUUGA